UCUCUCUCUCUCUCUCUCUCUCUCUCUCUCAUCAUCUCAUCUCAUCUCAUCACACAAUACUCAUUAAAAAUGGCAAAUGCUUUGAAGGGCAAUGUGAUGCUCUCAUCCCUUGUCUCCUUACGAAGAACCACAACAACCCAUUGCUCCCUUCUUCCCAAAGCCACCCGUUUCGGUUCCAAGUUCCCUUUUUUCUCACUCUCAUCAUCUUCAUCCGCAAAAACUCCAUCUGGGUUUCCUUCAUUCUGCACACUUUCUUCUUCCUCCACAGAGGAGGCAGUGACGGAGGUCACACCAGCUGGCGGCAAUGGUGAAACCGAGAAGAGUGUCAGUGUUAAGGAUUCGGCGGCGCUGCUUGACAUAAGGGUUGGUCAAAUUCUGAGAGCAUGGAAACACGAAGAGGCUGAUUCUCUUUAUGUGGAAGAGGUUGAUAUUGGUGAGCCUGAACCCAGAAUCAUAUGCAGUGGCCUUGUCAACUACAUCCCUCUUGAACAUCUUCAGGGCAAAAAGGUCAUUGUUCUUUCCAAUCUGAAGGCAAGGAAUAUGCGUGGUGUAAAGUCUAGUGGAAUGUUGAUGGCCGCUUCUGAUGCAAAGCAUGAGAAUGUUGAACUUCUAUUCCCUCCUGAGGAAGCAACCCCUGGUGAAAGAAUAUGGUUUGGGUCAGAAGAUGAAAAGGAUAAUCAACCUGCUGCUGCUGCUCCGAAUCAGAUACAAAAGAAAAAGAUAUGGGAAUUGGUGCAGCCUCAUCUGAAGACAGAUGCUUCUUGUACUGCAUUGCUAGGAGGGGUGCAUGUCAUGCGUACAUCUCUAGGUUCAGUGGCAUGCCAGUCAUUGCAGAAUGCAAAUAUCUCCUGAUGAACAACCAGAGCACAUGUUUGGAAUUCCUUGUAGAUUGAUUCUAAAGCCAGAAUCAAUUCUAGGGAGAAGCUUCAGCGAGUAGCUUCUAGGUGCCAGAAUUGAUUCUAGGGAAAUAGAAUUUGAUCCGAAAAUGCUAUGAAUUUCUUGCUCUACAUAGCCAUACUGGCACUGUCUAUCCAUAUGCUAUUUUUUCUUCUUCAUAAUGUAAUUUUUGGUAGUGUGUGAAAAAUUGUUUUACAUGUAGUCAAUUUUGUUUAA